CUGAGAAAUCACAACAUGGCUGCCUCCUCUGUUGCAGCAAGUGAGCUGCUUCAUAAUAUGAGUAAACAGAUAUUAAUAUUAUAUCCAAAGACUUCGCGUGUAUUAAUCAGACGGAUAAGCACAUCAAGCUCGCGAUGCGACAGGCAACCGAAGCUAAAAGCGAAAAGUGCUGCCCAGCAGCUGGUUGGAGUGGUGGGUUUGGAGGUCCAUGCCCAGAUUAACUCGAACACCAAGCUGUUUUCCGGCUCACCGGCUCGCUUCUCGGCACCUCCGAACUCCCUGGUGUCACACUUUGAUGCAUCUUUACCAGGCACAUUACCCGUCCUGAAUAAACGAUGUGUCGAAGCAGCAGUGAUGACAGGACUGGCUUUGGACUGCACGAUAAACAAGAAGUCACUGUUUGACAGGAAACACUAUUUCUACGCUGACCUCCCUGCUGGAUACCAAAUCACCCAGCAACGGCGGCCCAUCGCAGUAGAUGGCACACUGACCUACAGUCUUCUUGGAGGUAAAAAGAGGAGCCAGGUGAUGAGGAAAACUGUCAGCAUUAAACAGAUCCAGCUGGAGCAGGACAGCGGCAAGAGUCUCCAUGAUGACUUCCGCAGCCAGACACUCAUAGACCUCAACAGAGCAGGUGUAGGUCUAAUGGAGCUGGUGAUGGAGCCAGACAUGAGCUGUGGAGAGGAGGCUGCUGCAGCUGUCAGGGAGCUUCAGCUCAUCCUGCAAGCCCUGGGCACCUGUCAAGGCAACAUGUCUGAGGGCCAGCUUAGAGUAGACGCCAAUGUGUCCGUCCACAAACCGGGUGAGCCCCUGGGCGUCAGGACAGAGGUGAAGAACAUCAACAGCAUCCGGUACCUGGCCAGGGCUAUAGACUAUGAGAUCCAGAGACAGAUCGAAGUCCUGCAGAGAGGGGGGACGGUGCAGAACGAGACCCGGGCGUAUGAUUCCAAAUCAGGGGAGACCAUUCCUAUGAGGGACAAAGAGGGUCUCCAGGACUACAGGUUUAUGCCAGAGCCCAACCUGCCCCCUCUGAUUGUGUAUGAAGAUAACGCAUCGCUGCCCACUGGCAUUGAUGCGUGCCAGGCGGUGGUGGUGCAGAAGAUAAGGGAAGGGCUGCCGGAGCUGCCCAGUGUCAAAAGAGACAGGCUGGUGCAAACAUACAGCAUCCUGCCCGAGCACAGCUUCACUCUGGUGAAUGAGGACGGGCUGAUGGAGUACUUUGAGGCAGUGUUGAAGGCGACCAAGAAGGAGCCGAGAAAGGUGAUUGGCUGGGUGACAAACGAGCUGGUGGGUCACCUGAAACAGCAAGACAUGAGUGUGAGCCAGAGCCCGAUCUCUCCUUCUGCCCUGGCUGAGCUGCUGGAACUCCAGGAAACAGGACACAUCUCCUCUACGGUUGCCAAGCAGGUGUUCCAGGAGAUGUGGAGGUCAUCGGGCAAGACGGCGCCACAGAUAAUCCAGGAGAAGGACUUGGGCCUUGUUAGUGACACCGCACAGCUGCAGAGCAUCUGCCAGAAGGUGGUGGACUCGCACCCUGAUGAGGUUCAAGCCAUCAGAAAUGGAAACAAGAAAGUUCUGAACAAGCUCAUGGGCCUCGUUCAGAAGGAGACCAAAGGCAGAGCUGACCCAGUUCUGGUGAGGGCAAUUUUAGAAGAGAAGACCUCAUGAGGGCCGGACUGAUCUGCAAGACUCAGCCACAGCAUAAAACUGGUGACAGUCAAGUUGAAAAUUAAGCUACCAUCCUUAAUUUCAGCAUU